AUGGCGAUGCCCGGCCUCCCGCCGGGCCCAGAGCCCCUUCCCGGGCACGUUGUCUGCCACAACCAGGCCGACGGGAAGUUUCUCUUUCCCCUCAUAAAUGUUUUCUCCCGAAGUUUGUCAGGUGGCUUUAAAAAGGAUCGAUUACAGCUCACUCAGCCUAGCCUAAGGCGUGAGGUGAACAGUCAUGAUGAGGAUGGAAAUGAGCUACAGACAACACCAGAGUUCAGAGCACAUGUUGCAAAGAAGCUGGGAGCAAUGCUAGACAGUUUCAUCACUGUCUUGAAGGACUCAUCAGGACCUUCACAAACUUCUGUGCAACAGUCUGACUCUGCGGAUGAUGGUUUUCGUCUCUUCUCUUCUUCUGUCCCAGGAGACUCUGGGAAAUCAGAGCCUUGCCCUGCAGCAAGGAGGAGACAGCCAUCUAGCUCCAGUGACAUGGACAGUGACCAAGAGUGGCAAAGGUACCAGGAGGCUGCUGUGUCAGCUGCAGACAUUCUGAAGCAAAGUGCUUUUCCUGUACUGUUCCAGGAUUCCAGCCGAGAUCAGAGUCAGGGUUAUGUAGAGCACAGCCAGAAAAAAAAGAAGAAAAAGAAAAUUAGGGGAGAGAACAAUAUUCAAGAGAAAAUAAUAGACCCAACAGAGUGUGACCAGAUCUGCAAAGAAUUGCCACGGUUGGUGUCUGCAAAUGGACAGCAUGAGAGACAGGACAGCAGUCAUACACAGAACUCAGUGUUGCCAGGAGUUGUGAAGAAGAAAAAGAAGAAAAAAAGAGAAUGAAGACUUUGCUCUGCAAAUGGCAGGUGAUUGUGAUGAAUGAAGGAUGCUGAAAAAAAAGA